AUGUGCACCAUGCAGGUGGAUACUGUGUUGGUGCUGUUCUGCGUCUGCCUCAUGGGGGUUGCUGGGAGAUCAGCUCAUCAAAGAGGUGACAAGCUGGAGACCUACAAACAAAGCAGAUCCAGGAGAGAAACAUCAAGAAUGGAUGAUGGAGGAGCUCACAGCAAGACCGCAAGCCCAAUCCUGAAACGAGGUCCAGACAUGACAAAAUCUCCCAUGACAAAAUCUGAGCAGCUCUUAAGAAUAGAUGACCAUGACUUUACCAUGAGACCAGCAUUUGGAGGACCCCCUAUUCCAGUUGGGGUAGAUGUUCAGGUUGAAAGUCUGGACACAAUCUCUGAAGUGGAUAUGGACUUCACCAUGACCCUGUACCUGAGGCACUACUGGAAGGACGAGCGCCUGUCCUUCACCAGUACCAAUAACCAGAGCAUGACCUUUGACAGCAGGCUGGCCAAGAAGAUCUGGGUUCCUGACAUGUUCUUCGUCCACUCCAAGAGGUCCUUCAUCCAUGACACCACCACGGACAACGUCAUGCUGAGGGUGUACCCUGACGGCAACGUGCUUUACAGUCUGAGAGUCACGGUCACGGCCAUGUGCAACAUGGACCUGAGUCGCUUCCCUCUAGACACACAGACCUGCUCGCUGGAAAUAGAGAGCUAUGCUUACACGGACGAUGAUCUCAUGCUGUACUGGAAGAAAGGCAACGAGUCACUGAACACAGACGAGAGGAUAUCUUUAUCCCAGUUCCUCAUCCAGAAGUUUCACACCACUACAAAGCUGGCCUUCUAUAGCAGUACAGGCUGGUACAACCGUCUGUACAUCCACUUCACCCUGCGACGUCACGUCUUCUUCUUCCUGCUCCAGACCUACUUCCCAGCCACCCUCAUGGUCAUGCUGUCCUGGGUCUCCUUCUGGAUUGACCGCCGGGCCGUCCCCGCUAGGGUCCCUUUGGGUAUCACCACAGUGCUCACCAUGUCCACCAUCAUCACUGGAGUCAACGCCUCCAUGCCCAGAGUGUCCUACAUCAAAGCGGUGGACAUCUACCUGUGGGUCAGUUUCGUGUUUGUCUUCCUCUCGGUCAUAGAGUAUGCAGCGGUCAACUACCUCUCUACCGUGCAGGAAAGGAAAGAGAGGAAACUAAGAGAGAGGUUGCCGUGUACAUGUGGCAUCGGAAACCCUGACGACGCCAUGUGCGACCCCCAGAUCACUGGCUACACCACCAUGGACGUCAACAAUAUAGGGAACUAUGGCACCGCAGGGAACUAUGGAAUGCCAGAGAACGGAGGCAGGCAGGAGAGGAUGUUUGCCCAGGUGGUUCUGGGGGAUCCCCAGCUCACGGGCCAGGUAAAGAGGCCAGGCUAUGUGAACAUUUGGAUAGAUACCCACGCCAUAGACAAGUACUCACGGAUGGUCUUCCCUGGUUCCUACGUCCUGUUCAACAUCAUCUACUGGUCCAUCUACUCCUAA